AUCCCAUGGCAAAGCGCUCGCGCCAACAGCCGCCCAGACAGAGCCCUUGGUGCCAAUCGCCCUCCCUCAAGGAGCCUGUGCUCAGCGCCCCCCCCAGUCCCUGCCUUGCCCCCUAACAGUCACACGCCAAUCCCAGAGAACCCCACAGACCAACUGCCCCCGUAAACCACCCAACCCCAUAUCCCCAACUUGCCCCCCAACAGUCACGCCAACCCCAGAGAUCCCCACAGACCAACUGCCCCCCAUAAACCACAAAAGAGGGCCAGCUAAGGGGACGGGAGACAUGGCCUCGGGAGACAUGCUUUCCCCGCAAGGGGAUGCUUCCUCCUGGAUCUCGGAUGAAGUCAGCUGCUGUGGAGAAACAGGUCAGCCGGUGAACACGGAGACCACGUCUAACCCUGCAGCAGUUGCAGAAUUGCUCGUGGUCCAGUCAUCAGAGGAGUCAUGGGAGAGCGCUUCCGUCAGCAGCAAGAGCCAAUGCUCCGAGGAGCAUGUACUGACCUGCACGUUUGAAGCCUGUGACCUGGAACAAACAGGACAGGUGUCUGUUUUCCGUAUUAUUGAGUACUUACAGUCGGUGACAGGGCAAAGCUGUGAGGAAGGGAGACUGCAGUUGCUUUACAAAAUGCUGGACCCAGAAGAGAGGGGCGUCGCUGUGGAUUUACUGACCUUCCAUGCUGUCAUGAAGAACUGGAUUGCAGAUUGUCGGCAGGAUGGGGGAUUAGACAGCAUGAAGGAGCGAGACAAGUUUGUGGACAAUAUGUGCCUGUGGCCAUCUGGGAGGAGGAGGCCUGUCUCUAGUGCUGCUCAGUUAGAGGGAUAUGGCGGGGAUGUCAGCAGCGUAAACUCGGAAGAAGCUGCCGCCUUGAUAAGCAGCAUUGAAGACCUGGAGUACGGCAACAAAAAGUUGGCCGUGCAGAAUGCCAAGCUGCAGAGGACCAUCGAGGCAGCUGAGGAACUCAACUCCCGCCUCACCGAAGAGCUCUCCCAGCUGCAAGGCAGACUGAGAAGCACGCAACAGGCCCUGGAACAGGCUAAGUCAGUGGCUAACGAACUAGAAGACCUGAAGGCUAUUGCAAAAAGUCUGGAAGAGGAGAAGGGCAAAUACUACUCACAAGCCCGGCAGCUGGAGAAGGAACAGCUGUGCCUCUCUCUACGAGUGGACUGUCUUCAAGAGGAGAACAGGAAGCUGCUCACAGAGAGAGACAGAGUAAAGCAGAAGGUUGCAGGGCUGGUUGCUGAGAAGGCAGAUCUGAAGGCCCAGCUCUGUGAAUAUGAAACUCUCCUCUCCUGCAAAGACACUACCCUUACUGAGAAAACAAACCGUGUCGAAGAACUGACAGCGAUGCUGGCGGAGUACAGGACAGUGGUGCAGGAGCUGAGACUGGAAACAAGCCAGCUGCAGGAGCAGCUGUGCCAAACCACCGAAGACCUGGCCAUGCUGCCGAAGGAGCUGCCCCACGAGCUUAAACCCCACGUUCAGCUUCCUGCACAGCCACUCUGCGUGGAGAUAGAAGAAAUCCAGCAGGGACGAAAGGCUGAGGCCAGUCUGCCGAGCCCGCUGUGCGGGAUGUGGCCCGGCUCAGGAGCUCCUGCGUCGGCACAGCUGCUUGUCGGGAUGAGCCCCGCGGAUGUCAGGGCGGUGGCAGAGGAGCAGGAUGUGGGCGCGGCCGAUUGCACCCCAGCACGGCUGGCUCAGCCGAGCCCCGCCGGGGAAGCCAAACCCCUGGCUGAGCAGCGGCAGCGACUGACGCCAGAGAUGCCAGCAAGCACAGAGGAGGGGAGAGACCGGCGCUGCCCCGCCAAGGAAGAGUUGUGUGCGCAUGGCGCAGAGGAGCAGCUUAAACUCGCCACGGGGACCAGCGAAGAGCACAGCUGCUUAUCCUGUGUGGAGACCCAUGUGCUUCCUUGGCCGGAAGGGAAGGCAGCAAAGCCCAUCUGUCUGGAGGCCGGGCCCGCAGACACUCUAUUGUCCAGCCCAGCAGAGAGGAGCCCUGCGGGAGGCCUGCAGCAAGGUGCACUCGUCCCCGUGCAGAACCAGCUGUCCCCUGUCAAACAGAAGCAGCUGCACAACUGCUGGCUUGAAACCUUAGCCCCAUGGUUUCGCUCGGGCCGGAUAUUCCUUCUGCAUCAGCCACAGCCCCACCUCCUCCCCAGCCGCCUGCUGCUGGCCCUGCUUGCGACGCUGCUCCUGCUGCCAGCGCUGUGCUAUCUGGUGCUGCCCAGCUGCACCAUGGCCACAGGGCUGGGGUGGCCGCACCUCCAGCUGCAGUACCUCAGGCCCCCACCUGUGUGACCCCUUCCCACCCACCCACGGCAAAGCGGCUCGUUGGGGGCCCGGAAAGGACCUUUUAAGCUGCUGGGAGCAGCUCUGACUUGAAGGCAAAUAAAGACAGUUUGGGCCGAUGA